AUGUUCGUUUACAAAAGAGACGGCCGCCAAGAGCCCGUCAAGUUCGACAAGAUCACGGCACGUGUAUCGCGUCUUUGCUACGGAUUGGAUCCUAAACAUGUGGACGCCGUGAAGAUCACGCAGCGGAUCAUUUCUGGUGUCUAUGAGGGUGUUACGACCGUAGAACUGGAUAAUUUGGCAGCCGAGACGUGCGCGUACAUGACAACGAUCCACCCGGAUUAUGCCACUUUGGCUGCGAGAAUCGCGAUUUCCAACUUGCACAAGCAGACCACGAAACAGUUUUCCCAGGUAGUAAGCGAUUUGUAUCACUACGUGAACCCUAAAAACGGAAUUCACUCGCCUAUGAUUUCCCAGGAGGUGUACGAGAUCGUGCAAGAGCACAAGGAUGAGCUGAACUCGGCCAUCGUCUACGACAGAGACUUUCAAUACAACUAUUUCGGGUUCAAGACGCUGGAGCGCUCGUACCUAUUGAGAAUCAAUGGUCAGGUCGCCGAACGUCCACAACACCUUGUCAUGCGUGUUGCCGUCGGCAUACACGGAACCAAUAUUGAAAAGGUGAUCGAGACUUACAAUCUAAUGUCCCUCAGAUAUUUUACGCAUGCCUCGCCAACCCUUUUCAACGCUGGUACGCCGCACCCUCAGAUGUCGUCCUGUUUUUUGGUCGCCAUGAAGGAUGACUCCAUCGAGGGUAUCUACGAUACUUUGAAAGAGUGUGCAAUGAUUUCCAAGACUGCCGGCGGUAUCGGAUUGCACAUUCACAACAUCAGGUCGACGGGAUCCUACAUCGCCGGUACCAACGGUACAUCCAAUGGAUUGAUUCCUAUGAUUCGUGUUUUUAACAACACUGCUCGCUAUGUCGAUCAAGGUGGUAACAAAAGACCUGGUGCUUUUGCCAUUUAUUUGGAGCCAUGGCACUCCGAUAUUUUUGACUUUAUAGAUAUCCGGAAGAAUCACGGUAAAGAAGAAAUCCGUGCCCGGGAUCUUUUCCCUGCAUUAUGGAUUCCAGAUCUUUUUAUGAAAAGGGUCGAGGAGAACGGAGACUGGACUUUGUUUUCUCCAAGCGAGGCGCCAGGAUUGGCGGACGUUUAUGGCGAUGAGUUCGUGGCUUUAUAUGAGCGUUACGUUCAAGAGGGUCGCGGUAGAAAGACCAUCAAGGCUCAGAAACUGUGGUACGCUAUCUUAGAAGCACAGACUGAAACUGGUACUCCUUUCAUGCUUUAUAAAGACGCAUGCAACAGAAAAUCUAACCAAAAGAAUUUAGGUGUCAUCAAAUCUUCCAACUUGUGCUGUGAGAUUGUUGAGUACUCUGAACCUGGUGAAACUGCAGUCUGUAAUCUUGCAUCUAUUUCUUUGCCAGCAUUCAUCGAAACAUCUGAUGACGGCAAGACUCAAUGGUACAACUUUGAGAAACUUCAUGAGAUUGCAAAGGUCGUCACUUACAAUUUGAACAGAAUCAUCGACCGUAACUAUUACCCAGUUGAGACGGCCAGAAAAUCUAAUAUGAGACAUAGACCAAUUGCCCUCGGGGUUCAAGGUCUUGCCGAUGCUUUCAUGCUUUUGCGUAUUCCCUUCGAUUCCCAAGAAGCGAAGGAGUUGAACAUUCACAUCUUCGAGACCAUUUAUCACGCUGGGUUGACUGCGUCGCAUGAACUAGCCUUGAAGGAAGGACCCUAUGAAACAUUUGCGGGGUCCCCAGCAUCGCAAGGUAUUUUGCAAUUUGACAUGUGGAACAAGAAGCCAACCGACUUGUGGGACUGGGAUGGCCUCAAGGCCAAGAUUGUCAAAGAUGGUAUCAGAAAUUCGCUCCUGCUAGCGCCAAUGCCAACGGCAUCUACUUCGCAAAUUUUGGGUAACAAUGAAUGUUUUGAGCCUUACACAUCUAACAUGUACUCUCGUCGUGUACUGUCCGGUGAGUUCCAGAUUGUCAACCCAUACUUGCUACGUGACCUUGUUGACCUUGGUGUAUGGGACGAAGCCAUGAAGUCUCACAUUAUUUCGGACAACGGUUCUAUUCAAAACUUGCCAAACAUCCCACAAGAGCUCAAAGACCUGUACAAGACGGUUUGGGAACUUUCCCAAAAGACUAUCAUUGAGAUGGCUGCCGACCGUGCCUGCUACAUUGACCAGUCGCAAUCUCUCAACAUUCACAUCCGCGCUCCUACGAUGGGUAAACUGACAAGUAUGCACUUUUAUGGGUGGAAAAAGGGUCUAAAGACAGGUAUGUACUACCUGCGGACACAAGCUGCAUCCGCCGCUAUUCAGUUUACGAUAGACAAGGCUGUCGCACAGCAGGCUGCUCACAACGUCGCUGAUUUGAAUAACCUAAACCGUGCGAAGUACGUCCCGAGAACUAUGAACUUCACUGAAGGUGCUGCCCCAAAACUCGAGCUUACUUCUCAGACUAGAGAUCCCUCACCGGCUCCAUCUUCGAUAGAUUCUUCCAUGUCCAACAGCAUAGGAUCUUUGAAGAUCGAGGACAGUAAGUUGAACACUCCAAGCAAUUCCGCCCCAGAAACACAGCCAGCUGAGAAAGAAAGCGAUCAAAAAGCCGAAGGCGAUUUCGACAUUUACAAUUCCAAGGUCAUCGCAUGUGCUAUCGAUAAUCCCGGUGCUUGCGAAAUGUGCUCUGGCUAG